UAUUGUUCUUGCCCUUGCCAAAGAGAGAGAAAAAAAGGUAUGAUGUCAAAUGUCACCCGUCAAUUGUCAAUUUGUCAAAACUCGAAAGUGUUGUUUUCACAGCCAAAAUAAACUAUUAUUUUAUUUAUGUAUUAUAAUUAUUUUUAUUUAUGUUAAGUUGAUUUGAAGCUUUAAAAAUAAUGGCGGUGUAUUUAACAAAAUCUAUGCUGACAAGGCUUAACAAAAUGAGGUACACUUCAUCUUCGCCAGCGGAGGUGAAAGAUAGCAACGCUGGUGAUCAAUGGCAGCGGCUUAUGGAAGGUCCAUCACUGUUAUCCAAGGAGAUGAUAUGCAGAGUUUGUGCCAGAAGUGGCUGUACACCAUUAACUGAGAAGAUCAAUGAGUUUGAUAUAACAACUGCAAUUAGAAGUGUAACAAGUGUUACCAUAGAUAUUAAUGAUUCUCUGCCUAAGUAUAUUUGCACCGACUGUCUAGAGAUGUUGAAGAUUGCUUUAAAUUUUAAGCUUAAUUGUGAAACCUCAGACAAGAAAUUUAGAAAACUUAUAAAUCCUAUAGAUGAUUUAAAUUACAAUUCAUAUCCAAGUUUUAAGCAUGACUUCCAUUCUAUAUUACAUAACAUAAAGUUGAAACGGAUGAAAAUAGAAGAGGAGAUUGAGAGGAGAAGACAGAAGAAAGAACGAAUAAUGUUAAAGAAAUUACCAAAAGUGAAGCAAUUUAAAUGCUCACCUUGCGAAUUAGUAUUUCCCAAUAAGGAGAAGUUAAUAGCCCAUCGUCGUGAGCGUCAGUGUCGGCGGCCGGUCCAAAAGCAGAGCACAUCACAUAAAUGUAAUACGUGCGGUAAAGAAUUCCCAAUUGUUGCCAGACUUAAGAAUCACAUGUUGGUGCACACAAACACAUUCAACUUCUUCUGCGACCUGUGUCCGUACAAGUGCAAGUACAAGUACUACCUGGUGAUGCACAUGCGCACGCACACCGGCGAGAAGCCGUACAAGUGCUCGCAAUGCAACGCCACAUUCGUCAAUCCGUCCAAUCUGAACAAACACAAGCUCACGCAUCAAGAGAAACAGUUCAAGUGUUUGCUGUGCGAGAAGGCAUUCCGUACGAAUAAGUUACUAAGAGAGCACCACGAGGCCAAGCACAUGAAUAUAAAACACACGUGCCAUUUCUGUGGAAGAGAUUUCUGUUACAAGUCAGAUCUUCGUAAACACGAGAUUCGUCAUCACAAUCGGUUAAAACGUGAUUACAUCGGCGGCGAGCCGACAUACAAGCAAGUGGAGAGGAUGCAAAAAGUCCAAGACACCAACGAGGUCAUGGAACAGUGGCGGGCAGAGGAGAUAGCCGUCUCAAACUCUAUGCCCAUAGUGCAAGCCACGUACAUAGACCAACCGAAAGAGUUUCUGCAGACGAAUCACACAAUUUAUUUCUCAGAUGUCUCUGGUUUGAUACAACAACCGCAAAUGGUUCAACAACAAACUGUAGAAAUUACGCUGCCCGAACUGGCUUUAAAGAAGGACGAGGUAAAAUUAUACGAAGCUCAGCAAGGAAUCGGGUAUUUUUAAACGGCACCGGUGUUGAAUAAAUUAUGUAAUCUCUCUAUCCGUGUAAAUUUGUGGCUUGGAACGGAAAUGUACUGAGGCUUUCCCAGUAUUUAUUUCUUACAAUUGUAUUUUUUGUGUUUUAUUUUUAUAAAUAUUUGUGUAGAUACUGAUAUUUUAUAUACAUUUUAUUUUAAUAUUUCUAAAGAGGGAUUUUAAAAUGUUAAGAUUUGUUUUAUGAAGGCCGAAUGUGCGUUAAAAUGUUUUUUUUUUUACAUUUACCUGUCUAAACAAGAUUGUAGGUAACGUAUGUUCAGAAUAUGCUCGAAUAAACGAACGUUUUCAUUGCAAGUCGCGAUUGGGUAAUGUGAAAUAAUGAAUUGACUGUAAUUUGUAAGUUUUGCUUUAUAUAAUGAUUGUAAAUAUUAUAUAGUUUUUAAAUAUUAUACAAUUUUAUUAAAUACUAUCUAGUUUUAAAUAAAAGAUUAUUUU